AUGUGGAAAGCAGUAGACAGAAGGAUUUGUACAUCCACUACUGUUGUUUUACUUCUGAUAACUUUUAUUUCCAGUUCCGAAAGAGUUUAUGAUUUGCUGACUAAACAAGAUGGAAAAGAAUAUUCCCUGCAGAAUACUGCUGGAUUUCGAAUAUUUCAGCAGAUGCUUAAUCCGCAAUAUAAAGAGUAUGAAAACGGCUUUCCACCUGGAAUUUAUGGAUCUUCCGUUAUACCAACUACCAUAUGGUACCAAUACUGGGGAAGUAAAACUCCUGAAGAUAUGUUUCCGCAUAGUGCAAAUAUGUUCUUGGUGGAUGUAAACUGGCCUCAUAUAGUCACAUUGUGUGAUGAAAUUAAAUAUCCGCGAUGUUCAUGGCUUAUUUUCUCGCGUUGAUGCAACCAACUUCAUAUAAUCCACAUUUAUUACAAAAAAUAUUUGGAGAUGAAUUCAAAACACCGAGUGAUAAAUACUUUAUUACUCCAUUUCUACGUGGUGGAUGUUAUCCAUUAAGA